CAGAUAAAAUUCCAGCCAGGUGGAAACCCUGCUAGACUUGUUUGGGCCAGGUGGGAGCCAAAUGGUUUACUCUGGUCAGACAGACACAGAGACUGCUGUCCUUAUAUAACCCAAUUCAAAAAUGUUGGCUCGUCAGAGAUCCACCUGCUUUCUUUUGGACCCUCCCCGUGUACAUGGGUCAGACUUUGUGGAGAUGCUACAACUCAUUGGUUAUCCAGGAGCUGCGGACUUGAAGGGUGAAGAUUUUGAUUGGCUAUGUGAAAGUAACGAGGAGGCAGAAGUCUUCCUAGGUUGGCUGUGCGGGGCAGUUGAUCAGCAUAACGCACUGAAUGCAGAACAGUUAGAUGCCUACAGCACUCUAAUAGCUUCAGAACAACCAAUUCUGGAAGCAGAGGAACUACACAGUGUAUAUGUAGGCAGAGGCGGAAAUGAAGGAGACUGGGAAAUGGAAGAUAUGAAAAGUUUAGAGGAAUUAGAGGCAGAGGUGCAGAGUCUAAGGAACCUCAGAUUGCAUAGGCUGCAUUCUAGGAACAAACUGGAGUCUUUGGGAUUUGUAUUACUUCACAAUCGUCUGUCUUUGGAAAAAUGGGAAAAAGAGGAAGACAAACUUCUAAGUCGUGCUAAGGAAGGGCUGGCAGGCCUGAACACAAGGUCUAAUGCAGCUCUUGCAAAGCUCCGAGAUAUGGCAUCAGAACUUGGUGCGUUGCACUGUGCUCAGUCUGCUUCUGAUCUCUUUGUCUCAUUAUUAGAUCUAGAAGGUUACAUGAGACUAGAGGAGACAUGCUGGGGGGAGCUGGAAGAGUCUGCCAUGAGGAUGUUGCCAGUUAAGAAAGAAGAGGUAGAGCGAGAUAGAAAGGCACAACAAGAAAUUGGAGAAGAGAUUGAAAGGAUGAGAACAGUUUGGGCAUCUCAGAGAAUGCAGCUAAGCUUAGCCCUAGGAACUCUGAGUGGAAAGGAGGAGGUGCUGAGCUGGAUAAAUGGAAAUGAAGCAGAACACUGGGAUCCCCUAAUGAUUCCCUCCUUGGAGAGAGAGGCCCAAUCAUUAGAAUCAGAGGUGGAGACUCUGCAGAUUCAGAGAUUGCCUGCAUCUGUGUGUGGGGCAUCUUUGGGGCUAUGUAUUCCUGCACAUCAGGGAUGGCUGCACAUGAAACAGGACCAACUCACAUGGGUAGAGCAAGUCCAGGCACCAGUUGCAGAUGCUUUAAUCCAUCAGCUAUCUCGCCUACAGCUUGUUGAGCUGGGUUUAUUGGCAGAGAUGAAGGAGCAUCGCCAAACUGAAAGGCUUCUGCGAGGUUUGAUAAAUGAAAUGGGAAUUAGGAACAGUGAUCUUGGGAAGAGAAUACUGGGACCAAUGGAGCUGCGACUCUCUUCACAAUGGUUGACCCCUCUGCGUAUUGACAGUAGGGAUCAAACAGCAGUAAGGCUCUCAAUGAUGCUGGAUGAUCCAAACAACCAAAAAGAGUUAUUUCCAAAGUAUGAGGCAUUGCAACGCAGGGGAGCAGCCCUUGUACAGGAAUUAAUGGCACUAAAUAACAAGCUCCAUGGAUGUCUCCCUCAAACAGCAGGCCUUGAGCAAGAAUGUGAUGAGCUUCACCACUGCCUGUGCCGAGGAACACCCAAUGUGCAACUGAGAGAACCGAUUCUAACAGUUUCCUUUGAGACACUGUCUUCUUCAGUCUCACAGUUCAACCAGUGGUGUCUGGACUGUUUGAGGGAUUUGGAAAGGAAGAAGCUUUCUAUUCAGACAUCUCGCCUUUACCAAGAGAGGCAGCUAUAUGUGCUGUUUUACCGGGACCUUGCUCUGCUAACUAAAACUGUUGAGGAUCUGGAGAAGCGCAUAGAGGAGCUCCAACUGGACUAAUUUUAGGGUUAAUUUGUUGUGUAUCAUUAAAUAAAAAAGCAUUCACUUAGUUAUUUGGUGUCUGCCUCUAAAGAGCUUUGCUGGCAAAAAAAUAAUUAAGAACAAUAUACAUGGGUGCUUAGCAUUAAUUUACAUGCAGAUGGACCAGUGAAAAUGGGGUAGCCAAGUCCCCUUCUACUUAAUAUACCAAUGCAAAACUUCAGGGCACUUUAUAUUUGAUAAAACAGUAAAUCUGGAGUACCCUGACUUUUUGCAUUGGUAUGCUGAAAGAAAACAGGCCUUGUAAUCUAGUGGAGUGUUUUAAAUUACAUUUGAUGAAUACUAGCAAAUAACCUAAGGUGGACUAGGGCCAAAUGACCGAAAUUAAAACAGUGGGUAAAGGGGCCGUCGGACUGAGGACUGCAUUAAUAAGCUGAUGCGGUCCCCGAUCCAAAGGGAAAAUCAAACCUGCUUGAUUGUCAUUGUCUUGAUGUUUUUUGCCCGGAUAUGGAUGGGGAGGCCCUGUACACGGGCAGAUAAGCUCCCAACUCAAUCUAAAGGACUUGAAUCACCAACUUAACUCAACCCCGAGUAUGUCCACCUUAAUGUAUAUGCUAUUGUAGAGUAAAAAUGCUUUUACAUUUUUUG